GAAGAACUUUCUUCAAGACAGACAAGCGGCAUGCUCCUUAAUUACCACUAUAAAUAGACCACCACAACUUCACUAGAUAGCAUGCAAGUCAUACAAAACGCAGGAACCCCGAGACAAUAGAUAGAGAGAUGGCAGGCAUUCAACAGCAACAACUAGUGAAUGAUACAUUGCCUGCAUCAUGGAAUGGAUCAAGCAACCGAAUAGCUUCUGUUAAUGUGGAGGAGGGCCAGCCACAACCUUGGGUUGAUGAUCUUGACUUGGAAGACCCAAAUCAUCAGAAACCUGGAUGGAGAAAGUUCCUAUCAUAUGUAGGACCUGGUUUCCUUGUUUCAUUGGCUUAUCUAGAUCCUGGCAAUUUGGAAACUGAUCUGCAAGCAGGAGCUAAUCACAGAUAUGAGCUGCUAUGGGUGAUACUUAUCGGAUUGAUCUUCGCUCUCAUCAUCCAGUCACUUGCUGCGAACCUUGGUGUCAGCACCGGAAAGCACCUGUCAGAGCUAUGCAAAGCAGAGUACCCAAAAUAUGUCAAGUAUUGCCUGUGGUUGCUAGCAGAGAUAGCUGUCAUAGCUGCCGAUAUCCCCGAAGUGAUUGGGACAGCUUUUGCGCUGAACAUAUUGUUUCACAUCCCAGUAUGGGUUGGAGUUCUUUGCACUGGUUGCAGCACCCUCCUACUACUUGGCCUGCAGAAAUAUGGAGUGAGGAAGCUGGAACUGUUAAUAGCAGUGCUAGUGUUUGUAAUGGCAGCAUGUUUCUUUGGAGAAAUGAGCUAUGUAAAACCUUCUGCAACUGAUGUGCUUAAGGGCAUGUUUAUCCCCAAGCUGUCAGGCCAAGGAGCCACUGGCGAUGCCAUUGCCCUACUCGGUGCCCUUAUCAUGCCGCACAACCUCUUCCUUCACUCCGCCCUUGUUCUGUCUAGGAAAAUGCCAAAUUCUGUCCGUGGCAUUAAUGAUGCCUGUCGUUAUUUUUUGAUAGAGAGUGGAUUCGCACUGUUUAUAGCAUUUUUAAUCAAUCUCGCAGUCAUCUCCGUAUCUGGGACUGUUUGCUCAGCCCAAAAUCUAUCAUCUGAAAAUGCAGAUCGAUGUGGAGAUCUCACCCUUAACUCUGCCUCCUUCCUUCUUCAGAAUGUGCUGGGAAAAUCAAGCUCCAAAAUUUAUGCAAUUGCUUUGUUAGCCUCAGGGCAAAGCUCCACUAUCACAGGCACUUAUGCAGGACAAUACAUCAUGCAGGGUUUCUUGGAACUUAAGAUGAGAAAAUGGAUUCGGAACCUGGUGACCAGGUGCAUUGCCAUUGCUCCUAGUCUUGUUGUCUCGAUUAUUGGUGGAUCAUCGGGAGCAGGCCGACUAAUCAUCAUUGCAUCGAUGAUUCUUUCCUUUGAACUACCAUUUGCUCUCAUCCCACUUCUUAAAUUCAGUAGCAGUACCACCAAGAUGGGACCACACAAGAACUCAAUUUAUAUUAUAGUAAUCUCAUGGAUUUUGGGUCUGGGAAUUAUAGGCGUCAAUAUUUAUUAUCUCAGCACAGGCUUUGUGGGCUGGCUAAUUGACAACAAUCUACCAAAAGUUGGGAACGUUUUCAUUGGAAUUAUAGUGUUUCCUCUGAUGGCAAUCUAUAUCCUAGCAGUAAUCUAUUUAACCUUCAGAAAAGACUCUGUGGUGACGUUUCUGGGGCCAAAUAAGAAUGACCCACAACAACAAGCUAACAUGGAAAACGGACUUGUGAAGCCAGCCACCUAAGUCCAGCCACCUAAGUCAACAAUGGUGGGAGUCAACAAUGGUGGUGAAGCCAUCCUUCCUUAGUCACAAAUUGUAGGCACCAAACUUGUGCCACUUGCCUUGCUUUGUCUUUUGCAAGACAAAGGCAAGGAUGCUUGCCUAUAAAUAGGCAGUGCAUCCUUGCCAUAUAGAACACACCACAAGAGAGAAAAUUGAGAGCAAGUAGAGAGAGUGAAGAGAGAGUAAUCCCACAAAGUUGUGAGGUAUUUGUGAGAAAGUAAGUGAGGUGUUUUCUCCUAGUAAUAGAGAGAUUUCAGUUGUUCUCCUAUUGUUAGAGAGAGGUUGUAAUUCCCACAUUACUUAGUAAAAUCCUUCUAUACUUGUCCGUGGACGUA